AUGGGAAGCAAAAGAAGACGUCAUGGAUCUGGCGACUCUAGACUGAGCAAGUCUGCUCUGGGUCAUCGCUUGCGGCUGCGUAGCCAAGUAUCAUAUCGUGAGUCUGAUUUUGAAGAAGAGCUUUCAGAUGAGCUGGAUAGCCAAGAAAGUCUUCUGGAAACUUCCAAUGAUGGUGGGAAUGAUGUCUCUGAAGAUGAGUCUCAGCCAUCAUUCCCUGUGAAACUCAAAUUGCCUUCUCAAAAGAAGGUUACUGACAAUGAUAAUAAUAAAGUAGAAGUUGACGAAGGUGAUCAUGAACAAGAGGAGGAGGACGACGAUGAGGAAGAAGAAGAAGAAGAAGAAGAAGAAGAAAUACAAUUAAAUAAUAGAGCUUCAAGACGUGCAAGAUCUAUACCGAAGAAUGUCGAACAGCGUGAUGGUGAUGAUGAUGAAUAUCUCGAAGACGAGGAUGAUCAAGAAGACGAUGAUGACGCCAGUGAAGGCGAAUCUGAGCUUGAGCGCAUGGUAGAUAAGGAGAAUGAUAGAAAUUUCAUUGCCAGUGAGGAUGAUGACGAUAUUGCUCCACGUCGUAAAAGAAGGCUCAAGAGAAAGAGACUGAAAAAACGGAAAAUCCUGAAACUGAAAAGACUAAAAGAAACCUCAGCGAAUGAAAGCGAUGAAUCAUAUAAAGACGAAGAUGACGAUGAUGCUCAUAUGAGUGUUGAUCAAGACUCGCUAGCUGAAGAAUUGGAAGACUUAAAAAGCUCGCCAGAGUCUCUGCCCCCAAGAAAGAAUUUGCGCGAACGUAAGAAUGUCAAUUAUCAAAUCCCGCCACCUUUAGAUACCAUCAAUUUGGAGGACGGGUUCGGUCAUAGCAAUGGUCAUGGGAUGGGUGCUACCAAUGGGUUCGGACCAAAUUCUUGGGAACCACCUGCCCGUAAUCGUGUACCUCGCUCUUCAGCUGGUCUCAAUAAAGGGUUAUUUUCUGUGGCUGGCCCAUUCGGUGGCAAUGACAUCGUGCCUAUCUUUGGCUCCAACGCUCCUCAAGAUCUUGGUAUUGGGGCAGGAAACGACUCUUCUUCUGAUGAUGAUGAAGGGUUUGUUACUCGUCCAUAUGAUGCGGCCACGGGGGGUGUUAACAAGGUAUCAUCAAAUAAUGUAUCAUCCACUGGUAUUGUCAAGAAAAAUAAGAGCGCCUUAGCAGAUGCUGAUCCUCUUGGGGUGGAUACUAAUAUCGAUUUUAAGGCAGUUGGUGGUCUUGAUCAUUACAUCGAUCAACUCAAAGAAAUGGUGGCAUUACCUUUGCUAUACCCCGAAGUGUAUACCAAAUUUGGGAUCACACCACCAAGAGGAGUGUUAUUUCACGGUCCACCAGGUACUGGUAAAACUUUGAUGGCUCGAGCUCUUGCUCUGAGUUGUUCUACCGAAGAACGAAAAAUAACUUUCUUCAUGAGAAAGGGUGCCGACUGUUUAUCGAAAUGGGUCGGUGAGGCUGAAAGACAAUUGAGACUUUUAUUUGAAGAAGCCAAGAAACAACAACCUUCAAUUAUUUUCUUUGAUGAAAUUGAUGGUCUUGCUCCAGUCCGUUCGUCAAAACAAGAACAGAUCCACGCGUCUAUUGUCUCCACAUUGUUAGCGCUUAUGGAUGGCAUGGAUGGCAGAGGUCAAGUUAUCGUUAUUGGUGCCACAAAUAGACCCGAUGCCAUUGAUCCAGCACUUCGGAGACCAGGAAGAUUUGACAGAGAAUUCUAUUUUGCAUUGCCAGAUAUUGAAGCAAGAUUAACGAUCCUCAAUAUUCAUACGAAAAAAUGGAACCCUCAACCUCUGGAAAAAUUAAUUCGCAAGUUGGCAACCUUGACUAAAGGGUAUGGUGGUUCUGAUAUUAGAGCUUUAUGCACUGAGGCGGCAUUGAACAGUAUCAAACGGAAAUUCCCUCAAAUAUAUGAUUCCAGCAAAAAAUUGGUGAUAAACCCCGACGAAAUCAAAGUCCAUGAGGUUGAUUUUAUGAACGCCCUCGAUAAAAUUGUUCCGUCCAGUUCUAGAUCAACUGCAAAUCCUUCUAAUCCUAUCCCAGAGCAUUUAGAACCUUUGCUUCGCAAUGACUAUAAUCAAGUUACCGCUAGGUUGAAGCAGUUGGUUUCCAAAAAGAAGGAAGGAUUUCUCAGUAUGGAAGAUGAUUCUGAUGAAGAUGAGGAAGCGGUUGCCCAAAAGCAACAACUUGAAAAUAAAUUUGGGAUGACAAAACAUGAUCUUUUCAAGAAACUUAGUUCAUCAAGAGUUUUCAAACCGAGAUUGCUCAUUAGUGGUAAACCAGGCAUGGGCCAGAAAUAUUUGGGGUCAGCAGCAUUGAAUUAUUUGGAAGGUUUCCAAGUCCAAUCGCUUGAUCUUGGAACCCUUUUCAGCGAGUCAGGACGUACCCCGGAAGCGGCGAUCAUACAAAUGUACCUUGAAGCGAAAAGAAACCAACCGUCGGUGCUUUUCAUCCCAAACCUUGAAAUUUGGCUACAAUCAGUUCCAGAGAGCGCCAAAUCCACCCUUGAAGGUUUACUUCGCUCUACCAGUAGUUCUGAAAGAAUUUUACUAUUGGGUCUCUGCGAGGUUGAUCCCUCGGAUGAGACAUUGCAAUCCCAGCUUGAGAUUGAUCUGGCAAGGUUUUUUGGGGUUGGUAGUGCGAAUGUAUAUAUGAUUGACUCCAUAGAAGAAAAACAACGAGAAGAAUUUUUCAAGUUCCUUUGGGCAUUUUUACAAACCAGGCCGGUUUUUGAAGAGCUCAACGUUGAUGAUCCAAAGUACAAAAAGUUUCAAGAAAUUAAACAUUAUAAAAAGACUGAGAAAUUGGCAAUUGCCACCACUGCUCCUAUAUCAUCUGAACAAAAGGAUGCGGAGAUUAAAUCUCAACAAAAGCAGCAGCAGAAAGCUUUGAAACAACAGCACAAAUCAGAUGUCAGGCUCAAAAAUUUGGUGAAAAUCAAACUCUCAACGAUAAUGGAAAUAUUUAAGGCUCGUUAUAAGAGAUUCAAGAAACCGGUAAUCCCAUUACAACAAUUAGCCCAUUUAUUCGAACCAAGUAUUCUUCCACUCGAUGCGCCGCCACCACAGUACUCAAAAGAUGGGGACACGAUUCUUGAUACCUAUACUGGUUGCCGUUUCUACAAUAUGGAACUUGAUACUAUUGAAGAACGACUCUGGAACGGAUUCUAUUCGGAACCAAAACAAUUUCUCAAAGAUGUGGAGAUGAUUUAUCAAGAUGCUAAAAAUAUAGGUGAUAGAGAAAGAUCAUUGAAAGCCAGUGAAUUAUUUGUUAAUGCUCAAGUCAGCAUUGAAGAAUUAUUCACUAGUGACUUGAUUGAUCAAUGCAAAGAAAUGCGACGUAGGGAAUUGGACAGACAAAAACAAUACGAAAAAAAAGUGAAAGAAUUGCAAGAUAAAAUUACCACUGCCACUGCGGUUGAAUUGACUGGCGGCAAGAAUGAGAAUUUAGAAUCCGACAAAUCCGAAAACAUUGACGGUGUGAAUUGUCAUAAAAUGAAUGAUGACGAAGUUGCUGAUCAAGAUACUGAGUCCAAACAUGAGGCAGAUCAAGCAGAUGAAUCACAUGAUGGGAAAAUAGUUUCGACAGAAUCAAUUACCCAACAGAAUUCUACAGAGCAGCAGCUGUCUGUUGCGGAAAGCGAUAGCAAUGGCUCUGAAUCAGAUUCUAAAGGAAAUGCCGAUUCUGAUACCCCGAUGUUGACAAAUAGUGAAGUUACUUCUUCGGCUGUCAAUGCUGAAGAUACGGAAACCAAGGCCAGUGAAGAACAAGAACCGGUCAAGAGGUUCACUGACGAGGAACUUGAAGAGUAUGAUUUGUACCUUAACAAACUCGAAGCCAAUAAGAGCCGGGAAAUUGAGCUUGAUUCGGAUUAUUUGGCGAAAGUUCAACGCAAGUUAUUUGAACAAACUGAUGGUUUCUCCAUUGAAGAAUUAGAACUUAUGAAUUCUUUAAUCAGUGAAAUUAUUUGGCAAAACAAACAUGAAUGGGAUCGUAAUAAGGUUUUAAAGUUGAUCGAGAAGAAGAUUAAGCAUGUCGUUAAGGUCAUUACUCGUCAACGGAGUGAUGUGGAUUGA